CGGGCGGGUAAUUUGAACGUUUGAAGCCGCAAACCUCCGGGUUGGCGCGAGCCUAAGUAGGCGACCGCGGCGGAAACUGAGCCCGACCAUAGACAUGUCGGAGCGGCGAACACGAUCCGGAGGGGCCGUCCAGCGGUCUGGGCCCAGAACUUCACUUACUAAGCCUUCAAAGUCGUCCAAGCGGAAAUCUGGCUCAGAUCUCCCGAACACGUUCCCUGAAGUUUGGCCGAAGACAACUCCAGCAGCUCCAGUCAGAAAAGCCAUCAUCUUGAAGAAGAUUGUACCUCGUGCAGUAGAGGUCCCAGAUGUCCACACACCAGUUCGCAGGAGUCCUAGGAUCUCUUUUAUCUUGGAAAAAGAGAACAACCCUCCACUCAAGGUGCCCACUAAGGAGGACCUCUUCAAGACGUGUAGCGUCCCUGGCACUCCCUCCAGCACCCCCGUGCUGUGCGCUCAGAAUGUUAAGUCUAACUCUAGAGAAGUGGAGCCGGACACCAGAGAUUUGGAAAUGUCUCAGAAAGUCAGGCGGUCCUACAGUCGGCUACAGAGCCUCCAUUGUGCCUCAACCUCCACCCCCGGCCGCCGAUCCUUCUUUGGCUUUGAGAGACCUGAAGACUUGCCUGGAGUCUCACCUGUCAUUCGUUCAAAGUUAAUGGAGACCCCAAAGGUGCCUGUGAAACACUUGGUUCCAGAUAGAACGCUCCCUGGAAUCUCUCCCCCAAUUGUGAAAGAGAAACGAAAGAAGAAGGUUCCUGAGAUCACGAAGUCAGAGCUGGAUAAGUGGGCUGUGGCCAUGAAUGCUGAAUUUGAAGCUGCUGAGCAGUUUGAGCUUCUGAUUGAAUGAGAUGACUGGGAUGCCAAUCAUGACUGGGCUGAACUGGCUGACUUCCCUCUUCCUGUACAUACUGCGCCCUUUGAGUAGAGCAGGAUAUAUGGAUUCCUCUUCACUAGCCUUGUUAUUCAGAAUGGUGUUGCUGGCCCCUUAUCUUGUGUCUAGUUACCCUGGACUUUCUACCUCUACAGUGUUGGGAGUGAGAAGCCAUUUCUGCUUUAGCCAGAACUACUGUCAGGAACAGGUUUAGCUGUGGCCGUCCCUGCUGCUGUGUCAAGCCACCAACCAGUAAAGAGGUUCUGUGUUCUGCUUUGUUUCUGUAGAGAGAACUCAAAAGACUGGGGAGACAGUUAAAUGCUCGAGGGAGGAUCUGGACAUUGAGUCUGUGGAGUCCAGGAUAUGAAAGGAGAAGGGGGGCAUAGUUGGUUUUUUAACACAGUGACUGUCGUGUAGGAACCGGUCUGUGUCUGCUCUCUGCUGUUGACAUUGGCGAAGGGUGUGCUGCUGCUUACAGCUGAGAGAGUGCACUUGACAGUGUGGGCCUCAGUGCACCAACGUCAGGUUUAUAGUCUCUACUUUGACCUCUUUCCUCACCCACAUGUUAAAUACAAGCUGCGUGGUCUCAGCUCUGAUAUGAUGUCACGUCACCUCUCACAUGCUAGACAGCUGGAGCACUGAUGGCAGAUUUUGCUGUGAGCUUAACUAUUGUCAUGUAAGACCAUUUCUGGGGUCUGGGAACACAAGUGGAUGUAUCAUGGUUUCUGCGGCUCCUGCCUGCCUGUCACCUCCUCUCAAUUAUGGUAAAAGCUAUGGUUUAAAGGCCAUUGGACUUCCAACAUUUACAAGUUCAUUAGAAUAGAAGCUGCCGGAAUGAGAACUCACGUAAGUACCUGUUAUACCAGGAUGCUUUCAGUGGAAAGCUCCUGCAGGGUUUGUUCUCACCUGUUCCUGUGGACCCCAAGCUGGAUCAUGCUGAAUUGUUACCAUCACUGCAGACCUGUCUGCCUUUGAGGAACUACCGUGCAGCCUAAGGGAAGGGUGGCUUGAUUUCAAAUAAACUUUUUAGAAUUUUGUA